AUGGUGCUUCAUUCUUCCGGCGACGACCAAAGCCUGUCCGACCCAGUCUUACUUGAAAAGAUCGACAGACUCUUUGCUUGCAAUGUAGGAAAUUAUGUCGAUCUCCCCCAACUGGUUGUUGUGGGAGACCAGUCAAGUGGUAAAAGUUCUGUUCUUGAGGGACUUACUCGAUUAGCGUUCCCUCGAGAUAGCGGCCUGUGUACAAGGUUCGCAACGCAGAUUAUAUUUCGCCGAAGAAGUAUUGGCGAGAGGAGAAUCAUGGCUUCAAUAAUUGCGGACCAUAGUACCGAAGAGGCACAUGUAGGAAAAUUGCAGGGUUGGAAAGGAAAAGACUUACAGUCUCUGAAUAUCGAAUCUUUUUCUGCCAUGAUGGCCGAGGUACAUGUAUUGAUGGGAGUUUCCCAGUCAGAAAACGACGGGUUGCCUACUUUCUCCAAACAUAUACUACAAGUGGAGAUCUGUGGCCCGCAAGAAGAUCAUCUCAGUGUGAUUGAUGUACCUGGGAUAUUCAGCAACGCAAUACCCGGAAAAACCACAAAGGACGACAAAGCCCUAGUGCGCGACAUGGUGCAAGCAUACAUGAAAAAUCCCCGCUCUAUAAUCUUGACGGUGGUGCCGGCAAAUGUCGAUAUAGCCACUCAAGAGAUUGUUGAGAUGGCCCACAAAGUUGACCCCACCGGCGAGAGAACACUGGGAGUCUUGACCAAGCCCGAUUUGGUGGAUAAAGGUGCAGAGAUAAAUGUCAUUGACAUAGUCAAAGGCAAAAGAAUGCAAGUCAAGCUUGGAUGGGUGAUUGUACGAAAUCUUGGGCAAAGUGAAUUGCAGGGAGGUACCACACGACGCGAUGCGGUCGAAGGGGAGCUUCGGACGAAAUAUCCUUGGAAUGCCGUUGAUUGCGAUGAUUUUGGAAUUGAUUCGCUAAGAAUUCGUAUACGGGUGAUCGUGACCGCAAAUGCGCGCCAGGCCUUCUCAUCGGUCAAAUUUGAAAUCAGUAAUAGUCUCAAGGCCCGACAAGUUAGCCUUAGGUCCCUUGGACCCCAGCGGAAGACAAUGGAGCAACAAGCACAGUUCUUGGUUGAUAUUCUUUCCUCAUUCCAGAGUCUGACAACACAAGCCAUUGGUGGAAAUUACAGCCUUAAUGAUGCUUUUGAGGAUCUUGAGGCCUUGAAAUUAGCCACCGGGGUGGUUACGAGAAAUGAGAAAUUCUCCGAGGACCUCGCCCGAUGGGGUCACUUAUUUGACUUUAAUAAUGAGCCGUCAUCGCAAUUCGACGCAAGCGACUUUGAUGCUGGGCGCCAAAAACCAGGGAAACGGCUCCUAUGCUCAAGAAAACGGAAGGACAUUCCUGAAAUCCUGGAUGUACUGCCAGAGCCAUCAAAUCUGUCUCCUCCUCUGAGUCAUGAUCUUGCCUCGUGGAUAGGUGAUGAAUAUCGCCAAUCGCGAGGUUUUGAGAUUGGAACUUUCAAUCCCUUGCUUCUUUCAAGCUUAAUGAAGAAACAAUCGUCAAAAUGGACGUCCGUUGCAAAUGGAUACAUUGGUGAUGUCAUCAUCAUUGUGCAUAGCUAUAUCACCAGCGGACUGAGCCAAGUUUGUCCCGAUGGAAGGGUAUACGAAAAAUUACUUUCUUUCCUGAUGGAUAAGCUGAUUGAAAGAUACCAAAGUGCCAUUGACAAGGUCGACUAUCUUCUUUUUGUUGAAAGAUCAACGAUUCCAAUGACUCUUAAUCACUAUUUCAAUGAUAAUAUGGAAAAAUGCCGACAGAAGCGUGCAAGCUCAAUACUUGCAAGCAAAGCGAUCGAAGGACCAAAUGGAAAGGUUGUUCGUAUGGAUGAUUUGAAAUACCAGCAGAAUAUGAGUAAUGUUGAGCACGUGGUGCAAGCUCUUCAAGACAUCCUGGAGUCAUACUACAAGGUCGCACGAAAACGAUUUGUUGACAAUAUUUGUAUGCAGGCAUGCGGAUAUCACCUGAUACAAGGACCUACUUCGCCAUUGGGGCUAUUAUCACCUUCCCUGGUAGGCAGCCUAAGCAUAGAAGAGCUUGACGAGAUUGCGGGAGAGGAUGUUAUACUGAAAAGGAAACGUGAGAAACUUGAUAAGGAAAUAACCGAUCUUUCUAUGGCAAGAAGAAUUCUGCUAUGA